CGGGAUGUGGAGCGUCUCGGCUCUGGCAAAACUGAGCAACUUCUUCCUUCAUUUCCUGGAAGGAGGAGCCAUACACGAAGCAGCAGAAACCCGCCGGCUACAGAGGGCUGCUAGCGGGCAAACGGCACCGUGAUUCCGACCGUUAAUUGGGAGUUAAGAGCCUAACUCGGAUGCCUCUAUGAUCCAGCUAACCGUACAGCGAGAUAUACAGAGUUCAGUUUGCACAAGAGGUGAGCCAUGGCUGAACCAAACUCCUCCCGCCCCCAAAGGAAGAUGUCCACCUCUGGGGAGAGUGUGUACAAGGUGCUAGGUCUGGAGAAAGGAGCAUCUGCAGAGGAAAUCAAGAAAGCGUACAGAAAACUAGCACUGAAGUACCACCCGGACAAGAACCCAGACAACCCAGAGGCAGCGGAGAAGUUUAAGGAGAUCAACAAUGCGAACUCAAUUUUAAAUGAUGAGAACAAGAGGAAGAUUUACGACGAAUAUGGCUCCAUGGGCCUUUAUGUGUCCGAACAGUUUGGAGAGGAGAGCGUCAAGUACUACUUUCUCAUGUCCAAAUGGUGGUUUAAGGGUCUGGUGCUGUGCUGUACAUUAUUCACUUGCUGCUGCUGUUGCUGCUGCUGCUGUUUCUGCUGCGGGAAGUGCAAACCUCCAGAUGACGAUGAAAACUACCAGUACGUCAACCCCGAAGACCUGGAGGCCCAGAUCAAAGCAGAUCAGGACGGAGGUAACACAGUAAUCAUAGGCCAGCCUACAUCUAAUCUGGGUCCAGAAACCCCAGAAGGAAAGAGCAUGCCCAUCCCCCUGCCUAUGCCAAUGCCGCCACCUGAGCCCCAGUCGCCAACUUCAGUCAACCCAGUAGUGGAAGAUAGACCUGGGGAGAGCGUACCAGAUUUAAAAUGACUUGAAAGUGAUGGUGUGGAUAAGCCUCAACUAGCAAAAGCAGGAAGCCUUCUGCGCCCCUCUUAUGACCCAGCCACAUCUGACUGCUGCCAGCGACCCAGAGAGAAACCAGCCCGCUGUCACCAGCCAACCCACAGUUCAGGCCUGAUCCACCCAGACCUACCCGAGCCACCAAACAAACCCUGCCAGGUGGGCACUGAAAUGCUCCCGGCUCCCUUCAUGGAACUUAAAAUACGGAGAAGUAUUCACGCAGAUUAACCUACUAGAUGCUACGAGCAUCAUGGAGGAUAAUUUCAGGCCAGCUAUUAAGACCACAAGCCAUCCUCUAACAAGUCUCCUCUCUUCUUCCACCUUCACACAUGUCCAGCCUGGGCUGGAUGUUACCUUGAUAGCAGUCCAGUUAUCCAGGGCUAGGCUUAAAGUCCAUCUCUUCUGGUCAUUCCAUUCUAACCAGUAAAGGUCUGACACUGGCCAGCAAAAUUGCAAAAAUGGGGACAUGAGGGCCGAAAAAAAAAAAAAGUCACGUAGAGGUGGCUUUGAUUGUUUACCUGCUAUCCAAACCGGGACUGGAACUUAUUACCUUUUUUUUUCCUGUCACAAUCUUAACCGCCUCCCAUCAUGUUGGACUCCAUUGGUCACCAGCAGGAGCACUUAUUUUCUGUUUUCCCUCGUUAACCUGCCUAGGAGUUGCCCUCUGAAGAAACCCAUACACGUUGGUGGUAAAUUCAUUGCCACUCUUUGUGUGUUUGGAUCAGUGGCAAGACAAGAACUACACAUUUCUUCUUCUUCGUGAACAAUCGCAUUUAGUUAAAUGUUGCAUUGUCGUCCUCUAAUGUCUCAAACUAGUCCCAUCGAUGGUUGUGUAAAAAAAAAAUCAAAAAUUAAAAUAACCUUCAGAGGCGGCAGGAAGUCUAACAGAUGCUUCACCGUGUAAAAAGUUUUCAAUCAGGACACUGUUACAUUUCAUUGCUUUAACAAUAAAUGUCUGAGCCUAAUCUUUGAGCUUCGAUCAGGAGUGGACUUGACGCUUCCACCCCGGCGCGCAUGCAACUUGUACGGCUGCAUGCCUCUUCUUGUACAGCACUGGAACUCACCUCAAACGACAAACAUGGGACAACUGCUGAGCUUGCAGACAUGCAAACUGUAAAUGAACACGAGCCCUUAUGACAUCAUGUGCCACCCUCAGCGGGGAAAAAAUAAAAAGUACCCCCCCAAUAAUAAUCUGCCGACUGAAAUGGACAAUUACAGAUGCCAUAGUCUUUUAACUAGAAAUAACUUUCUGUUAGAUUUACUUAUUUUUUUUAUAUAUAUAUAUAUUGUGCUUUUUUUUUUUAUUAUUAUUAUUAUUAUUUUUUUUUGUGUUGCAGUCAGAUUAUUCGGUAGACCAAAGCCGACAGCUUCAUGUAGCCCAGGCCGAUAGUUUCUAGAAAUGCCAUUUGCUCUGUAAGCCACGGUUCAGAUUGUCAAAGCUGUGUGUAUAUUAUGCAUUUCAGUCUAUGCACAGUGUCAGAUGGGUCUGUUGCCAUUUUUCUUUUUUUUAUUGUACCUCUUACAUUCAGAACUGCAGAAACCCUGAAAGUUACUUGAUCUAUGAACUCAGCUCCAGAUUCACUAAGACUAGAUUGCAGGGCGAUCUCUUGAUUUAAUUGCACCACUAUUACUUUCUAUUUGGGGAUGCUUUGGACAUUUAUUUGCAGCCUUUAAAAAGAGUAAUGAGCAAGCAAUCAACCAUCUUUACUGCAAAUUUCAGGCACUCGCCCUUUAACUGCAGGACUGAUCCAUUCAUUCCUGCAUCCUUACUGAUCUGUUCUUAGUUUCUGGGCAGGAAAGUCCUCCUUUAUGUACUAACCUGACCCUGGCAGCGCUGUACCUUCAAGAAUAAUUGCAGCAGUGACUAAAAAUACAAGCCCCAAAUGCACUCACUGUUGUCUGUUAUUUUGCAGAAUCACCCAGGAAUACUUUGUCCAAAGUAAUUCAAUGCAUGAGCACGAUUGAUUAAAUCUAACCUGAAGCAUUCGGCUCUCCUCUUCAUCUUCGCUCAUUGUGCACACUUGGCAUCGCUCUUCCUUCAUGCUUUAGUGAAUCUGGAUCAGUGUUUGUGUUGACACACCUUGAAUUGCACAAUAAAUACAGACACUACAGAGAUUUUUGGCUUCAUCAGUUUUAUACACCUUCUUUGAGUCAAGCGCACACUUUUCCUCUGUAUUGUUUUUGGUUUCAUGUUUGUUUGUUUUUUUCCUCUUUUAGAUUUUAGUCACAUUCUUUAAUUACAGUUGGCCAUUCAGUGUGUCUGCACCUUUAAAGCUGCAGCUAACAUUUAUUUAUUGCUUUUUGCUUGCAUUUAAUGUGAGAAAAUGGUAAGAAAUAUCCAACACUAAUUUCCAUUAUAGAUUAUUUCAUCCAAAAUCUGGAGGCAAAGACAAAGAAAAGCACAGUUGGCAAAUUGUUUCAGCUCUUAAUCUGGGACACCAGAGACUUGAGUCACUGCUAUCGUUGACAUGCUAAUGUCUGUGUUGUCCAGCUCAAAAUGUCAGUGGAUCUGCUCAUGACAAAGCUAAUUGCUUCUAGAUGGCAAAUGAUUUAAUUGCUUUCCCUACGGGUGAUUUGAUAGAUUUAAUGCCAUCUAAGGUUGAGACCUGAGGAUUACUAAUGAUGUAAUGUGAUUUUGGUGAGAGUUUGAGCUGCCAGCAUUUUCCAUGAAUCAUCCACUUUGCACUGAUUUAUUGACUUGUCUGAAACUGAUUUUCUUCCUUGACUCAAAAGCUGUAAUGGAAGACAGAUGAAGCCCAAUAAAUAAGCAAUUUACGUCAACAAAAGCUCAAAACACAGAACACAUUGUGUUAAGCAUUAUUCUGCUACAUCUCCAUGGAUGGAUGAAUAGAUGGCUUUGGGCGUCUUCUGAAAUGACAAACCUUUUUUCGUAAAGAAGUAGUUCAACAUUUUGGGGAAUCUGUUUUAAAAAUGUAUUUGCUUCAAUGCUUUCUUGCCAUCAGACUGUAACUAAAAGAUGGACAUCGCCACCUCAGCGUCAACCUUUGUGUUAAUGAAGGCUUGAACCGAGGGGUUUUUCUGUUUUUGCCAUUUUUAUGAUUUGAAACUGUGCAUGAUGAAUGAGGGGUGGGUCUGACUAAAAAACCAAUGACAUUGCACAAUCAUAGGUUAGCAACUUGUCAAUUACAAAGUAAAGCAGCCUCUGGUUUGUUAAUGAGGUCACCACUUACAAACUGGACCCAAAAUUAAUAUGUGGAACUAGCGAUCGAGGCCACGUGUUUAAUCUGUAAACUCACAGAUUAAAAGAGCGUAGAGCCAUUUCCUUUAGACGUCUAUACGGCGCCGUCUCGGAUGGCAGCCUGUCUAGCAUGCUCUCUACAGUUGAAAAUUACUUUGAGCAUAUACAUGACAAAAGAGUUUCCCUCGGGAUAAAGAAAGUUCUUAUUCUUAUACAGUUGUGAAACUGUUGGCCACUAAAUGAAUGAUGUGUUAAGGCCCUUCACUGGCUUAAUUUUGUUAGUGAUUUAAAAUGGUAUUGAUGAAACACGAAAUGCACAUUUCCCAAAAUGUUCAACUCUUCCUUUAGUAGUGCAUGCAUUUUAAAAUGGGGAUGUAACGAUUUUAAAAUUGUAAUUCGAAACAAAUUUAAAAUCAUAUACCAAUAUUAUUACUCUGUAAGUUUAUUUUGUUCUUAUUUAUUUGCCCCUCUCUACAAAAGAAAGGAAAAAGAAGAUAAGCAAAUAAAACCCCACUAAGCUCUUUUAAGGUCUUUUUUUUUUUUUUUUUUUUUUUUUUUUAAAAAGCGAUGACUCCUAAAUGGCCUCUUAUUUUUCUGAUGUUACUGAUACUUGGCUUUUUUUUUUACUGCUUAGUCUCUAAUUUAAAUAAAAAACGAUAUUUUACUCAUGUUAUUUUUAGGUUGUUUUAACAUUUUCAAACCUCAAGCAUUGUUUACUGACAUCAUGUGGAAGCUGUUCAGUUGUCAUGUGGAGCGUUACAGUCCUGUUUAGAGUACUAAUGCUAGUUGGUCUUUUUUUGUUUGUUUUUUUGUUUGUUUUUUUUGUAUCUGUGCUGGCCAAAACUAUAGUUGCAUCUAAAUUCGGCUUCUAAAACUCUUCUGUAUUACCCGGUGUGUUAUAAUAAAUGAAUGCAGAGCUACGUGUACGACCAUAUUGUGAAAAAACAAACCACCUUUGAUAAGUUUUUAUCAGUCACUUCAUAUCUGCUCUCUUUAUUCACAUAUCCGCUUGUUUCUGAGUGAAACCGUCUGCAGACUUGAAGGUCGUUUGAUUUCAUGUCAUAGUUGUUUUUAAUCCAUAAUAACAUCCAAAAGUGAAACGGAGCACUUCACUUUCAUUUAUUGCUACAUGAUUAGAGUUUAAGCAUGAUGGUGAGCACUCAAAGUCAUACUGUUUAGUUUUUUUAAACGCCAUAAAACAGCAAAAUGAUUUUUUUUUUUUUUAAGUUCUUACUUUUAGGCGACAUGUUUUAUGAAAGGAUUUAACAGAAUUGCUUACCCUGAUGUUUGACGCUAACAUGUCAGCAUGCACUGUUUGUGUGGUGUCCUCGGGAUUCCCAUAUACUUGUUUGCUAUUCACCUAGGGACCAUUUUUGACCCGAGGACACCACAAGGGGUACAACCACUGGCGUAUGCUUAAAAACAAUUAGCAUGGAGCUAAUUUCUUUUUGUGGAUAAGCUGAGUGGUUGAAAAAAAUGUUGCAUUCAUCUUUUUUAAGAAGAAGAAAUUUAAAAGAAAGUGAACAAAUUUAGAAGAAUUUGGAUAAGGACAUUUUUGGAUGAAACUGGGGAUUGACAAAUAGGAGAGCUGACUGUUGUGGUUCCCUGUGGACCACAUGUAAAAUUUAUUAUAGAAACCAAAUAAAACAACAGGAUUUUAUAACUUC